ACCGAAAACGGUAAACCCAAUCUACAUGGGUCGAAAAACCAUAAACCCACAAAACCCAUCCUCCCAUCUUCCUUCGGAUCCUUCCCUAGCAAACCCAAUUCAGGGUCUUGUGAUCUUGUCUCGAAGAUCAUCGAUUCAUGACGAAUUUCCUGAGAUCUUGCGUCAAGAAACGUGGAGCUGGUGGCGGAGGUUUUAGGGGUUUUGCAGUGCAAAGUGGGCAGGCAGUAGGGACUGCCCAAAGCCUCAAGCUUGAGGGGGUACAAGACAUCAUCGCCGUUGCUUCCGGUAAAGGCGGCGUUGGCAAGUCCACCACUGCUGUUAAUUUGGCUGUGGCACUUGCCAAUAGUUGUCAACUUAAGGUUGGGUUGCUCGAUGCCGAUGUGUACGGGCCAUCAAUUCCUACUAUGAUGAAGCUCCACGGAAAGCCUGAAGUCUCUGAAGGUAAGAAAAUGAUUCCAGUUGAAAAUUAUGGAGUCAAGUGUAUGUCAAUGGGAUUUCUAGUGGAGGAUUAUGCUCCAAUCGUGUGGAGAGGCCCUAUGGUGAUGAAAGCUCUUGAACAGAUGUCGAGGGGAGUCGAUUGGGGAAAACUUGACAUUCUCGUGGUGGAUAUGCCGCCUGGGACCGGUGAUGCUCAAAUAUCUAUUUCUCAGAGGUUGCAAUUAUCAGGUGCCUUGAUUGUUUCAACUCCUCAAGAUAUUGCCUUAAUGGACGCUCGGAGGGGUGUUAAUAUGUUCUCUAAAGUCCAUGUUCCCAUUCUGGGAGUCCUAGAGAACAUGAGCUCCUUUAAAUGCCCGCAUUGUGGUGAACCUUGGCACAUUUUUGGGAAAGGAGGAGCUCGUAAAGCAGCUGAUGAAAUGGGUUUGUCAUUUCUUGGGGAGAUACCAUUGGAGGUGGAGAUCAGAAGUUGUUCUGAUGAAGGUGUCCCUGUAGUACUAGCAAAUCCCGACUCGACAGUCUCCAGAGCAUAUAGCGAUGUGGCUCAGAAAGUUGUAAGCAGACUUCAAGAAUUGUCCAAGAAACAACUCCUCCGGCCGGAGAUAAACCUGUGAAAGCUAAAACAAAGCACAACCAACUUAAAGAAUAGCAUCAUAUCCUUUAUUAACACUUUUUCCUAUUGGUUGUAAAACAGAAUAUUACUCAAUGGAUGACAUACGAUAUCUUUAUGAUUCUUCUGGA